AUGGCGGGAGAUUUAAGCAACACCACCAUUUUUGAACCAAAUAACGCAGAAGCCAUUGAAAAGGUGAAGGCCAUGUUCAAGGAGCAGGUAAUAUGGGCGAGGGAAGAAGGCGCCGAUUAUAUUGUCACGGAAACGUUUAAUACAUACGAGGAAAGCGCUUUGGCAUUAGAAGCUGUGAAGGAAUAUGGUCAAGGUUUGCCAGCAGUUGUGACACUUGCCACAACUGCCAAAUCGACUACACUAGAAGGAAUUCCAAUUAGCGAUACAUGCAGGAAAUUGGAGGAGAAGGGCGCUGCUGUGGUUGGUUUGAAUUGCAGCCGCGGACCGCGAAUGAUGGUUCCUUUAAUGAAGGACAUUAGGCAAGCCUGCAAGUCUCUUUCCAUUUCUUAUUCACGCUUACUCUCCUUCUCCUCUCAGUCUCUUUCCAUUUCUUAUUCACGCUUACUCUCCUUCUCCUCUCAGUCUCUUUCCAUUUCUUAUUCACGCUUACUCUCCUUCUCCUCUCAGUCUCUUUCCAUUUCUUAUUCACGCUUACUCUCCUUCUCCUCUCAGUCUCUUUCCAUUUCUUAUUCACGCUUACUCUCCUUCUCCUCUCAGUCUCUUUCCAUUUCUUAUUCACGCUUACUCUCCUUCUCCUCUCCUCUUUUCCAUUUCUUAUUCACGUCUCUCCUUCUCCUCUCAGUUUUUUCCAUUUCUUAUUCACGCUUACUCUCCUUCUCCUCUCAGUCUCUUUCCAUUUCUUAUUCACGCUUACUCUCCUUCUCCUCUCAGUCUCUUUCCAUUUCUUAUUCACGCUUACUCUCCUUCUCCUCUCAGUCUCUUUCCAUUUCUUAUUCACGCUUACUCUCCUUCUCCUCUCAGUCUCUUUCCAUUUCUUAUUCACGCUUACUCUCCUUCUCCUCUCAGUCUCUUUCCAUUUCUUAUUCACGCUUACCCUCCUUCUCCUCUCAGUCUCUUUCCAUUUCUUAUUCACGCUUACUCUCCUACAUAUCACUCCUUCUCUAUCCAAGAUUUCUGUCUUCCACUCUUUUUCUUUUAAAGACAAUUUCCAUCCCACAACGCGUUUACUCUCUUCCUUCUCUCUCUCGUUUGAAAAUUGGUUUUGAGACGACUGUCAUUAAUAUUACACUUAAUACAACAACAACUCUAUAG